AAAUCCACCAACAGACAGACUGAAGUUUCCUAAAAGUCAGGAGCUCGGGUUAGUUUGGUCAGUACAGUAUUGUCUAAAGUGUGCGCGUGUCAGAUGAUGGCACCGCAGGUCGUCAGCUCACCCUUCCUCAAACCCUUCUUUCUGAAGACACCCAUCAGCGUUUCCAGUCCACGGCGGCAAAGACGACACACGUUACCGGCCAGCGAGUUUCGAAAUCUCACCCCGCAGGACGCCAUCAGUGUGUUUGAGAUCGAGAGAGAAGCGUUUAUCUCGGUGUCUGGUGAAUGUCCUCUAACCCUUGAUGAGGUACUUGUUUUCCUGGGCCAGUGUCCUGAGCUGUCCAUGGGCUGGUUCGAAGAGGGGCAGCUGGUGGCCUUCAUCAUUGGAUCUGGCUGGGAUAAAGAGAAACUAGAACAGGAGGCUAUGAGCACACACGUGCCGGACUCUCCAACAGUUCACAUCCACGUGUUGUCCGUGCACCGCCACUGUCGGCAGCAGGGCAAAGGCUCCAUCUUAUUGUGGCGUUACCUCCAGUACCUGCGCUGUCUGCCUGGUCUGCGGCGGGCAUUGCUGGUCUGCGAAGAGUUUCUGGUGCCCUUCUACCAGAAAGCCGGCUUUAAGGAAAAGGGCCCAUCGGCCAUCUCUGUGGCGGCUUUGACCUUCACAGAGAUGGAGUAUCAGCUCGGAGGCCUGGCUUAUGCACGACGAAACAGCGGAUGUUAGUUUCUUUAGCUUAAAGCACAUCCAAUCCGGAUAAAGGACAGCACGCGUAGAUUCUGGACGGCGAUCACAGGCUCAAAGGUUCACCUAGUCAAGAACUCAAAGCCCUAUUAACACCUGAGCAAGAGCCAGAGACUUACCUAUGCACCUCCGUUAAAGAGAUCAAGGCAUUCGGGUUUGGACAGAUGCUGAUGUUGGUGGUUUACUGCGUUGAGAUAGACUGCAUGCUUUACUGGCCAAAAAAACAAGUUUCCAACAUUUAUAAAUAUUUUAUUUUUCCCCCAAAGAAAAAUAAUCAUCACAAUAUUCAAUAAAAAUGCGUUUAGUCAAUAGAAAAUGAUACUCUUUAAUAACAUUUAACAUUAAAAAAUAGAAAUCAGCCAUUCUAAAUGUAACGUCUCAUCAGGAACAUACAAAAUUUAAUUGAAAUUCUGAGAAAUUGUUUUAUUUUUUUAUAUUACUCCAACCUUUGGAUUGCAACAUUAAAGCGAAAUGUUGUACACUGUUCAAAUCUAAUAUAUUACUGCAUAUGUGCCGAUGUGUGUGUUGAAACGCGAGUUAUAUACAGUGUAUGAACUGAUGUAAACUUCAACUAGAAUGUCCAUAAAUGUUUAUCGUGUCAUUAGUCGUGCCAUUUUUCAUGUAUCGAAUCAAUUUAAAAUAAAAAUCGAACCAUAAAGCUG